CAUCUGCUCCACCUGCCAGAGAUUGAGACAUACCAACAGGGGUUGGCCAACAGUGCUAACUACCAGCCCAGCCGCUCAGGGGUCUUCACUUCAGUGUGACGUUGGCGUGAGGAGCAAAAAAAAAAACAAAAAACCCCGGAUAUUUUGGUGCAGAUUGCGGAAGUAAUUUUAGAAUUUUGACUUACGCCUUCGGUGGAGAUGUAUGUUGACUUGUGUUGUAUAUGAAGUGAGAAGAUUCGGUGCUUAGAGAGGAACUUCAGGGAGAAAAAAAUGGAGGAGAACAACACUGUCAACUUCAAGAGACUCUUAUCAGAUGAGAGCACUCAAUCCACCCUGUCGCUGGACUCCGACUAUGAGUACUAUCAGACAGAGAUAUUUGACCAGCUGCCCAGCAUCCAGGCUUGCCGGCCAGAGCAGAACAGACAGGGUGUUUUGGAAGUGUGUGAGGUCUACCAGGGCAGCCCAGAGCCGGGGGAGAAGCUCAUCAAUGGCCACCUGUCCAGAGGACCCAGAGACAAGCUGUCUAUGCAGCCACUCAGAAACUUGGCCAUGUGUAUUCAGGCGAAGCGAGAUACCAGGGACAGGAGGAAGAUGCAAAUCAGAAAUAUUGGCUUUUGGGAGUCCUGGAGGCGGGGCCAGAGCAUCAACAGGAAGAGGGUAUGGGCACAGAUGGGAGGAACUCUAUCAAGCCUGUUGCCAUGGCAGCACACUCUCCACACCAUUGAAGGCAGGUUUGGUGUGGGCGUGAAGGCCUAUUUUGUUUUCCUCAGGUAUCUGAUUUACUUGAACCUAAUAAACUGUGCUCUUAUCUGGGGUUUCAUUCUGGGGCCUACAACAUUUUAUGGCUGGAGCAACAGCAGUGAACCAUUGAAGUUUGGAAGCAAUGACUCAGUUUUAGACUUCUUCCUGGGAUCUGGUUAUCUGGAUCGUUCUCCAGUCUUCUUUGGUUAUUAUACACGUGGUUCCCUGAAUUUGCCAUGCUUGAAUACGCCUCUGCUGUACCUGGUUGGAAUCAUCACCAUCUUCUUCCUCAGUCUCAUCAUGGUAGUCCGCAGAACGACAGUUGGCUACAAGCACACCUGGAUGCUCGGGAAGCGUUACAGUAUGAAUGUGAGCUAUAAGAUCUUCUGUGGCUGGGACUUCAACAUCCAGGACCCUGAUGCAGCGACUCUCAAACACAGCUUCAUCAGGAACGACCUCAAGCUGUUCCUGGAGGAGCAGAGUUUCUCCCUGCGUGAGUCUCAGAGGACACUUAGACAGCGGGUGCGUCUCUACCUGCUCAGGUUCAUCCUCAACGUGCUCGUUCUGUCUCUGCUGGGCGGAUCCUUCUGCCUCAUCUACUUUGCCACAAAAACAUCACUGAAUGAGAGUGGGCACUAUGGGUUGGUCAGUCUGUUCCUCCAGUAUCUUCCUCCCAUCACCAUCACCUCUCUCAACCUGGUCUUCCCUUACAUCUUCCAUAAGAUCUCGUCUUUUGAAGACUACUCUUUCACCAUGCAGGUCAAUGCCACGCUUGUGAGGAGCAUCUUCUUGAAGCUGGCUUCACUGGGGAUCUACUUAUUUUUCCUCUUCCCAACAGCAGGACAUCAACAACAUUGGUGCAGGGAGAACCAGUUCGGCAGAGAGAUGUACAAGCUGUGCAUUUUCAACUUCCUCAACACUUUCUGCAACGCCUUUCUUGUGGGCUACCCCAGGAAGCUGCUGCGGGAGAAAUACCCGACAUCCUUACUGACCCGGUUGCUGGGGAAACAACACUUCCCGAUCACUUUGUAUGUGUUGGAUCUGGUGUACAGUCAGACAGGGUCCUGGGUGGGGAUGUACUACUGCCCUCUGCUGCCUCUCAUAGGAACUGUCACACUGGUGGCCACGUUCUACAUUAAAAAGUUCACGGUCCUGCAGUGCUGUGUCGCGGAGCACCGAAUGUUUCGAGCCUCCACUUCUUCAGUUUUGUUCCACUUCAUGUUGCUGCUCGGUCUCCUCAUGGCUGCCACCACAGUGGGCUUCGAAUUCUACCAGCAGGACGGGACACUGAACAAUAUAGACAUGUCCUCCUGUGGUCCCUUUGGAAAUGGAGAAACGGUGUUUAAUGUGACAGGAGUGUGUGUGAAGAGUCUACCCAGCCUGGCACAGAGCACUCUGCGCUACCUGUCCUCUGAGGCCUUCGCCCUGCCGCUCAUACUAGCUGAAAUUAUAAUCUUAACCUCAUAUGUGUCACGGGGGCGAGCCAAUCAGAAGGCCAUUGAGAGACUGAAAGAUAUGCUGAUUAUGAGUAGCUCAGAUAAGCGUUUCCUGGUGAAACAGCAUACCACAAUGCUCCGACGUAAGAAGGAAACCCGCAAAGUCCGUUCUGCAGCCAUCGGAGAGGACGCCCCCCCUCAGUUACUGGAAAGACCCCCUCUCCAUGCAAACUGAUUAAAGUGCCUAAGCUGCUGGGCCUAUGUGUCCACAGACUUCCUCUUAACAAAUAAAGCCUUGCUCUGGCUGACCAGAAAACCAGCCUGGACGCCUGGAACUGCCUGUGAAUAAAAACUUUCUACCAGACUGAUGAACUCUCACCUUUACACUUGAUAUACAAAGACAAGACGUGUAGUUGUUGUUUUUCUGCAAAGUUCACAGUUGUCUUAAUUUAAUCCUCAUAUGAUGUGUUCUCUUAUUUUUAGUCAAGUCAUUUUUAUGUGGCUGUACAUUUCGAUGGUUAUCUUAUGUUGUUUAUGAAUGUGUUAAGCUUGGUUUAUACAAUUUAUAGACCGUGUAAAUAAAAGAUUUUAUGCAGAUGAAUAUACACAUAGAUUCAUAGACAUAAUAUUUUUAAUUAUAUUCCAAAAUGCCUCUUGUAUUGUACAUGUAUUCAGUUAACUGUGAAUGUUUUUU